AUGGCGUCGAGUUCGGCUGACGAUUGGCGCUCCAUGGCAUUGCGUCAAAAAGUUCUCUCUCAAAUGUAUGUUUUGGUCAUAAGCAGGACACAAAUUGCCUCUUAAAGCUGAGAGUUUCUUUUAUCGUCUCUGGCUUUGUCAACAAACCGUUAUUUAGCUGUUUUUUAAAAAUGCGUUUUUUUCUUUAACGUGCUGAGCCUCGUAUUUCCGUUUCAGAGAGGAAGCGGUAAAAAGGUCUGGCAAUCCAAACGUGUUGAUGAAAAACCCCAGUGAAUCGGAGAAUCAGAUGUAUCUCAAGGCGAAAACAAAGGUUUGUGUACAUUUUUUAAUUAUUUAACAUUAUAUUACUUGCAAUAUUUCCCUGCCUUGUGAUAUUGUCUUGAAUACACUUUGAUUCUGAUCGUUUCACGAACGUCGCCGAAGUCCCAUUAGUUCUUUUUUGAUUUUCGUUCUGACAUCUGUAAUGUGAAAUGGCUCUCAUUAGAGAGAGAAAAGUGAGGUUGCGAUAUAUUUGUACGUGUAUUAAAAGCGAAUGACAGUGGUCAGGCACGCGUUAGUGUAUGACUCUCUUGCAGUCCUCUCUAGCCUCCCACGCAGGCGUUAUUAGAGGGGCUCGUUUUUCAUCCCUCUCCACAAACGCCUGCUCAACCCAAGACAACAUUCCUUUCCCAAGCUUAGCCAAUCACAUUGUACUUUCCAAAUUCUGGAAAGUUGACCUUGACUGCAAGGUAAUCUGAUAAUUACUUGAUCUGCAUGAAACACUGGGAAAGCUUUCAGACCUCUAAUAAAUGUUAGAUUCAGAGCGGCAAAAAUAAAAUUUAGUCAAAUUUUAGAAUACUCCAUGCACUCCAUAGUCUUAGCGAAGGAAAGAAAAGAAGGAAAACGGUAACUCUAGGGUCACGUUUUAGUCAUGUUUAGCCUGUCAAAUAAGAAUACUUAAUUGCACAACUGUUGAUUGGUCACUUACCACGUAAAUAAAACAAUGGGAAAGGAAUGUUGUUUUCAGUUGAGCAGGCGUUUGUGGGGAGGGAUGAAAAACGAGCUCCCCUAAAAAUGCCUGCGUGGGAGGCUAUCUCAACCCCAAAAGAACAAAAACCUGGAGAUUUGAGGAAAAACCUAGAGAUUUAUCAAGCAAAAUGUUGUGAUUUGUCUGUUGCAAGCAGAUCAAUUAUUUGGCUGAGGCAAAUAAUAAAUUGAUCUGCGAGACACUGACAAAUCACGAUAUUUUGCGAUGACCAAGUUCAAUAAUUGUUUUAUCAUAAUUUCGAUCACAGAGUUUGUCUUUUUAAUAGUUAUCCUUGGGAAGCGAAGCAAAGCGAUCUGCCAUUUUCACACAGAAGCGAUCGCAAGAAGGAGAAAAGCACAGUUUCCUUCAUGUAUGAGCAGAAUAUUAUUUGCAGCCAAACACUGUUGGACGGCAUUGCUCAUGAGCAGACCAUUAUUUGUAGGCAGUUAUUUGCAGGUCACUUGGUGGGCUCUCGGCCAAUGAAAAGAAAGAAAAAUUUGCUUCGAAUGAUUAUAAUAAUUAUUGUUUUUUAAAAUUUUUAAAAAAAUUUAAAAAUUUUAAAAAAUUUUUUUGUAGCACAUUCUUUAAAUUAUUUUAAGAAUGUGCUACAAAAAAUAUAUAUAUAUAUAUCUGCAGAAAGGGCUUUGAAGAGUGCAAGCUCUAAGGUUAAUUUCUGUAAUUUUGGGCUAAUCAUCUUUUACACUGUAUGUUUACACUUCUGACCUUUAGUUAACUAAUUUGCCCCUGAACGGCUCAUAACCACUAAUGCCAAUCCACAUCCCCUCUACCACCCGUGAUGCAAUUACUUUUAACGGUUAACAGCAGUUGUGACACUUAACUUUUACAUGGAAAAGAUAUAUUUGAAAUCAUACUGGAAUGAGCACAAUUCAGGUAAGGGCGCUGUGAAAAACUCUAAAAACCAUGUAAAAUUGAGCAGAAAAUUCCAAUAAACAUCUUGUUCCACUACCCCCCUUCAUUCUUAUGAUCCUAAAAGCUUUUCCAACAACUUUUCCUUUCAAAUUGAAGCAUACUUAAUGGCCAGCUAAGGAAAAAACGGGGCAAGAAAACCUAAAGGAGGAGGAGAGAAAAGUAAAAGUCGAGACUGCUGUCUCUUUUAAUCUCAAAACUUUGCUUUCUGCACAUGCUCAAGCUUUGGAAGCUGAUAUUUAGCAUGUGGAAAAGAAGUCCAGGAAGUGCUGGAUACAUAACAAAGAUCUUCUUUCAGGUUUGGUUCAUUUUAGCCAGACAGUAAUCAGAAAAUGGCUUGAAUAGCUUAAAGGACAUUAUUAGGCAAAAUUCCUAAGAGCAAAAUGCGGAAGUUAUUAUUAGUAAACAGUGCUGAUUUUGAACGGGACUUUGAAUGAGAUGCUUGAAGUGAGUUUGUUAUUAAAUUUUAGACAGGAUUCUGUGUGCUGCAAUGGAACACUGGCUGUCAUAGUAGCUAAGAUUCACAAGUUUUUCUCGAAUGUUUUCACAGCAUCUACAAAAAACAGCUGUCAUAAGGUGAAUUAACUCAAAUUUUUCAUUUUUCUUUCAGGUUGAGUACCUGUCAGAUGUUGCACAUCUUUUGGUUUACAUUCGAGAU